GGCGCCGCGUACGUGAAGAGCCGCCGCUCCACCAGCCGACUGCCCCUCUUCGUCGCCGCUCGGGCUCUCAACCUCGGGGUCCCAGUCCCGCCUGAGGCCUGUUGGAUAGUUAAUGCGGAAGAUAAAGAGGUUGCGUCUGGAAAACGAGACCGCCGGGCAUUGGAGAAGUUUCCCUGCCGGCUCAGAAGGGACAGGAAGGAUGACUGCUGUGGAGACCCUGACCGACCGGCCCAGUACAGUUGAGAUGGAGGAGCCCCCACUGCCGCCCUCGUCCCGUUUCCAGGUGGAGAAGCAUUCGUGGGAUGGGCUGCGGGACAUCAUUCACAGCAGCAGGAAGUACUCAGGCUUCAUCGUGAACAAGGCUCCCCAUGAGUUCCAGUUUGUCCAGAAAACUGACGAGUCGGGCCCUCACUCUCACCGCCUGUACUACCUGGGCAUGCCCUAUGGAAGCCGGGAGAACUCACUCCUGUACUCCGAGAUUCCCAAGAAGGUGCAGAAAGAAGCCCUGCUGCUCUUAUCGUGGAAACAGAUGCUGGAUCAUUUUCAGGCUACCCCGCACCAUGGGAUGUACUCCAGGGAGGAGGAGCUGCUGAGAGAACGUAAGCGUCUCGGAGUCUUCGGGAUCACGUCCUAUGAUUUUCACAGUGAGAGCGGCCUCUUCCUCUUCCAGGCCAGCAACAGCCUUUUUCACUGUCGAGAUGGCGGCAAGAAUGGUUUUAUGGUGUCCCCCAUGAAGCCUCUGGAAAUAAAAACGCAGUGUUUGGGCCCUCGGAUGGACCCCAAGAUUUGCCCUGCCGAUCCCUCUUUCUUCUCCUUCAUCAAUAACAACGACCUGUGGGUGGCCAGCAUUGAGACGGGAGAGGAGCGCCGAAUGACUCACUGUCACAAAGGUUUAUCAAAUGUCUUUGAGGACCCCAAGUCUGCUGGGGUGGCCACCUUUGUCAUCCAGGAGGAGUUCGAUCGUUUCACUGGCUAUUGGUGGUGCCCAACGGCUUCGAAGGAAGGCACCGAGGGCCACAGGACACUCCGGAUCUUAUACGAGGAGGUCGAUGAAUCCGAGGUGGAAAUAAUCCAUGUCCCUUCUCCUGCCCUGGAAGAACGGAAAACAGACUCCUACCGGUACCCCAGGACAGGCAGCAAAAACCCCAGGAUCUCUCUCAAGCUGGCCGAAUUCCAAGCCGACAGCCAGGGAAAGAUCAUGGGCGUUCAGGACAAGGAACUGGUCCAGCCCUUCACCACCCUCUUCCCAACUGUGGAAUAUAUCGCCCGGGCCGGAUGGACACGGGAUGGCAAAUAUGCCUGGGCCAUGUUCCUAGACAGACCUCAGCAGCGGCUCCAGUUAGUCCUGCUCCCGCCAGCCCUCUUCAUCCCAGUCCCCAAGAGCCAGGAGCAACGCUGGGAAUUGGCCAGAGCCGUGCCGGAGACGACACAGCCGUUUGUGAUCUACGAAGAGGUCACCAGCGUGUGGAUCAAUGUCCAUGAUAUCUUCUACCCUUUCCCCCAGUCGGAGGGGGACGAAGACCUCUGCUUUAUUCGUGCCAGCGAAUGCCAGACUGGCUUUUGCCACCUUUACAGAGUCACCGUGACGCUGAGGCCCAACGGCUUUGACUGGACCCAUCCCUACACACCUGGAGAAGAUGAUUUCAAAUGCCCGAUCAAGGAGGAGAUUGCUCUGACGAGUGGCGAGUGGGAGGUUUUGGCCAGGCACGGAUACAAGAUCUGGGUGAACGAGGAGACCAAGCUGGUCUACUUCCAGGGCACCAAGGACACACCUCUGGAGCACCACCUCUAUGUGGUCAGCUACGAGGCCGCAGGGGAGAUUGUGCGCCUCACCACGCCUGGCUUCUCCCACAGCUGCUCCAUGAGCCAGAACUUUGACAUGUUCGUCAGCCACUACAGCAGCGUCAGCACCCCUCCCUGCGUGCAUGUCUACAAGCUGAGCGGCUCCGAUGACGACGCGCUCCACCGGCAGCCCAAGUUCUGGGCCAGCAUGAUGGAGGCAGCCAGCUGCCCACCCGACUACGUCCCUCCAGAAAUUUUUCAUUUCCACACACAGUCCGACGUGGAGCUGUACGGCAUGGUCUAUAAACCUCACAAUGUCCAGCCAGGGAGAAAACAUCCCACGGUGCUGUUUGUGUACGGGGGUCCUCAGGUACAGCUUGUGAAUAACUCUUUCAAGGGGACAAAGUAUCUGCGGCUCAACACGCUCGCGUCCCUCGGCUAUGCCGUGGUGGUGAUCGACGGCCGGGGAUCCUGUCAGCGAGGUCUCCAGUUUGAAGGGGCCCUCAAAAAUCAGAUGGGUCAGGUGGAGAUAGAGGACCAGGUGGAGGGAUUACGCUUCGUGGCCGAGAAAUAUGGGUUUGUGGACCUGAGUCGGGUUGCCAUCCAUGGCUGGUCGUAUGGCGGUUUCCUCUCCCUCGUGGGGCUAAUUCACAAACCCCACGUCUUCAAGGUCGCUAUCGCCGGGGCCCCAGUGACGGUCUGGAUGGCCUACGACACUGGCUAUACUGAGCGGUACAUGGAUGUCCCAGAGAACAACCAAGAAGGUUACGAAGCCGGCUCUGUGGCAUUGCACGUGGAGAAAUUGCCCAACGAGCCAAACCGCUUGCUGAUUCUCCAUGGAUUCCUGGAUGAAAACGUGCACUUUUUCCACACCAACUUCCUCGUCUCCCAGCUGAUCCGGGCCGGGAAACCCUAUCAGCUGCAGAUCUACCCCAAUGAGAGACAUAGUAUUCGCUGCCCUGAGUCGGGAGAGCACUACGAAAUCACACUGCUGCACUUUCUUCAAGAAUACCUCUGAGAGCUGCGGCCUCCACGACUCCGGAUGCUGCCCACUCACCUUGGGAGGGUCCCCAGCCCUCCCUCCCCUCCCUCUCCCUACUCUUCUCUCCUCUCCCCUCCCCUCCCUCCCCUGCCCCUCCCCAGCCUUCUUCUGCAGAGCACAAGCCUCCAAGUGCCACCAUCUUGGCUCCUCAAACAUCAAGUUUCCAGAAGUGGGGAGGGAGACGAAGGCCAGCCCCUCUGGCCUGCUCUGGAUGGUAGCUCUUCUCACCGAAAGCCAGCUCCAUCCCAGCCCCUGUGGACUCACGCUUCCUGGCUGAUGCUGCGGCUGCUUUUUUUUUUUUUUUUUAUAAACUGCUCUUUGUUGUUUUUUCUUUCUUUCUUUCUUUUUGGCUGCGGCUUUCUCCACGCCAGGACCGAAUCAAGCAAUCAAUCAAUCAAUCAAUCAAGUAGUGGUAUUUGAGCACUGCCUCUGUGCAGAGCACUGUAUGAAGCACGCGCUUGGGAGAAGACUAUUGUUAGACCGAGUUAGACUGAAACCGGGCAGAGGUCUGAUCCCGUCUCUCAUCUGCCACUUCUCUCUCCUAUCCCCCCUCUCUGGUCCAGUGAUUUCCUGGAAGGGGGAUCUCGGCGGCAUCGAGACAUCCACACUGUCCCAGGGAGGAGUCAGACCAGAGAAAUCAGCCAAGCUGCCUUAAACCAAAGGGCCGGGAGAGCAGGAAUCCUCCCCCUGGGUGGGGGCACGAUACUCUACGGUCGCCUGGGGUUCCCAGUCGGCUUGGUGGGCAUAUGAGUUGCUCUCUCGCUUCCCAUCCCCACGCGCCCCCUGUCUCUUUCUCCUCCUUGCCCCGUCCCUACCCUCUGUCUCUGUCUCCUCCCUUCCCCAUCCCCAGGAUGAGCAGUAGCAUUCAGGGCCCCAGGAUAGGCUUGGUAGGCACAUUCCAGUCUCUUUGCCCCCCCACCUCCAGCUCCCUUAGUAAAUUGUUGUUCGAGGCGUGUAGGAGGAAGGCGGUAGGUCUGGGGCAGUUGGCUGGCCUUGGGAGGUUGGGAAGUUAGCGUGCCCGAGGCCCUGGCCAAUGUCCUCCCAAAUAUGGGGGUGGG